GCUUGGCAGCUGGCUGCAACAACGAAGUGAAAGUGAACCAAUAACUGGACGAUCACAACUGGAGUGAUAUGUACUUUAUAUAGGAUAAUUAGAUGUCCUCAAAAACUGAUGAAUCAUUCUGAAAUGCUUCUUAAUCUGAUGUCUUAAACAAAGCGGGACAUCAGUUAUUACUGAUUCAUCUUAUCAUAUCCGUCAAAGAUGGAUGAAGAGAUGGAGUCUCAAAGAAGCCUCAGUGACACAGCUGAAGACAAUCCACCACAUGUGAACAAUGAUGCUCCAAAAGAAGACUCAUCAUCGGAUGCAAAAGAUGAACUCUGUUGUGCAACAGAAAAGUGUGACACCACAAAAGACUGUGUGUCAACUGAAAACACACAAGAUGAUGUAGCAUCACAGAACUUGAUGGACUGUGGACCUGGAUGUGACGUGGAUGAAUCUGAAGCUAGUACACACUGUUCCAACGUACAGAAAUCCAAUAGGCCCAGUUCACCUGGUCCUCCCCCUGUUGAAACGACCUUUGUCACUUCCAACUCUCCAAACCCCAAAUUAACCCUCUGUCUUAGCAUUAGUCCCAGACAGGGUGUCAAUACACCCAAUGACGUGGAGAUGUUAAGUCCAGACAGCCCUGUCAGUAAAACCGUGCUCACAAACAACGCUGCCGACAAGGAUCAUGAUGGCAGUGCUUGUGAGGAGGACUCUAGUUUUGCAAAGGCUCAGGUAAAGGAAUCUCAGCAGUCUGUCAAAGACUCUGACUCUGGAUGUUCGGCCAAAGAAAGAGUCGUUGUGGUUGCCAUGGGAACUCAGGAUGCAGAGGUGGCAGAGUGCAGUGCCUCCUCUGAUAUGAGCCAGGACUUCACUGGAAGCCAGUCAAGAGGAGUUUUGGAAAGCGUCUCAUUCGCGUUGCGUAACAUGGACAAAGCGUGGCUGGGGACGCCUAUAGAUGAGCUGAACCGAAUGCCCCAGUGUGCCCCCCCUCUGACUCACCUGAAAGCUGCGCAUAACCACACGGUCACAGUCAGGACAGAUCUCCUCAGAGAGGGAGAGCCCCCUGUCCCCUACCCCACCAAGUUCCAAAAUGCCUGGGAUGAUGUUUCCGUCAAGAUGCCCUGCUCUGACAAGAAUCUCUUUCCUAUGGAUUCUGAGGAUGGAGGUCGUGUCCAAAGUCGCUGGGAGCUGAUCCAGACUUCCCUGCGUAGAGGGUUCAAGAGUUGUCUGGAUGUGAAGGAUGCAAUUCUGCGAUACAACGUAGCCCAUGCAAAGAAAUGGGACUUCACUGCCCUGAAUCUUCUGUGCACAGAGUGUAUGGAGCCUUGCGAUGUGCAACGCCUGUUAGAGGUUGAACUACCCGAUAUGGUUACCCUGGCGCUCAGUGCUCCUCGCCUCUGCACAAUGCCAAUCCCCCUGCUGAAGUCAAGGAUGAACCACUCCCUGACUCUGUCUCAGGAGCAAAUAGCCUGUCUUCUGGCCAAUGCCUUCUUCUGCACAUUCCCCCGACGCAACUCCCGAAAGUCAGAGUACUGCAAUUACCCUGAGAUCAACUUCAACAGGAUAUUUGAUGGCUGUUCGUCAAGAAAAAUUGAGAAGUUGAAGACUCUGAUGUGUUACUUCAGGAGAGUGACAAAAACAAAGCCCAAAGGUCUCAUCACAUUCACAAGACAAAUGCUGAGCAAUUUUCCAAACUGGGAAAGUUCCCAGACUCAGCUGACACGGCUGCAUAUCACCCGUGAGGGGACAAUUGAAGAUGAUGGAUACGGGAUGUUGCAGGUGGACUUUGCAAACAGGUUUGUGGGUGGAGGUGUAACAGGACAUGGACUGGUCCAGGAAGAGAUCAGGUUCAUCAUCAACCCUGAACUCAUCAUCUCUCGCCUCUUCACUGAAGCUUUAGAACCCAAUGAAUGCCUCAUCAUCACUGGCACAGAGCGGUACAGUAAAUAUUCUGGAUAUGCUGAGAGUUACAAGUGGAAGGAAAGCUACAAGGAUGAGACUCCCAGGGACGACUGGCAGAGAAGAUGUACAGAAAUUGUGGCCAUUGAUGCUCUUAAAUACAGGAACUUCCUUGAGCAGUUUUUCCCAGAGAAGAUGUCCAGAGAACUCAACAAGGCAUACUGCGGAUUCUUCAGAAAUAACGCCAACAGAAAGCACCUCUCUGCAGUCGCCACAGGCAACUGGGGGUGUGGAGCUUUUGGAGGAGACACAAGGCUCAAAGCCCUGAUUCAGUUGAUGGCGGCAGCAGAGGCAGGGAGAGACGUGGCGUACUUCACGUUUGGAGAUGCUGAGCUGAUGAGAGAUGUCCAUGAAAUGCACACUUUCCUCACUGAGAGACAAGUCACCGUUGGGAGGCUGUACACCCUCCUGCACCAGUACUCCAGUCUGGUGUGUAACAACUGCCGCACAACUCGACCUGAAGUCAGCCUCUACGCUUUCAUCCACGAGAAGGUGUCUUCCCCCACGACGGCCGAUACCCCUGACUCUGCUAAAGAUUCUGGGAUGUCCCCUGCAACACUGGACUCUCAUUAACACUGCAGAGAGCUUCAACUUCAACCUCCCUCCACGUCUCUUAGCGUCAGACACUCCAGGUUCAGACAUUUCAACGAGCUCUCAGCCUCGUGCUUACAAUCACUUUCUCUGUCCCACACUCACAUUCUCCCUUUAAGUUUGUGAUCCCAACACACAAACUACCAAAACACACUUUUGCCUUUCUGAUUGGUGAUAUUAUUGGAGCCUUUUAGUAUGUCUCCAAAGGGAGUGAACCGAGACUUAUAGCAAUAGUAAAUCCUGGUUGCUGUUAGGCCUUUCCUAGUCUAAGUGUGAUGUGGAAUUCUUUAGUUUUGGCACACUAAUGACAUAUUGCCAAAUAUUCAUCAUAUGCAUGGUAAUGAAAACUUUUCCUUAUUUAUAAUCCAGAACAUGAUAAUCCUCCCAUGCUACUUUUGGAUGAGUCUUCUCUAUUUUCCAUACCCGGGCUGUGGUGAGGCUCCUGAAUGCAGAGAGAAAAUGAGCUGCCAUACAGUAGACUAUGCAUGGGUUACAUUUAUUUAUCAAAUACUCUACAAAUAUAUGCUGCUCUUUUAUAUAAUUUAGGAUGUCAAUGCUCAUCAUACAUAUAGUCCCUGAGGCUUAUUAUGUGUUUCAAUAGAAGGGACAUUAGUCUGACUUGAUGAAACAGAAAGACGGAGUUCAGGGUCAUUUUCAUCUUCGGCCAUUGAUUCUAUUCGUAAUGAUCAUUUUCUAUAUAUUCAGCAAUUAGCACAGUAAUGCUACUGUACAUGCAAAUAAAAGGGGGCGCAGAAAAAAAGAAUUGCACGCAAAAUCUUAUUUUUGUUAAUGUUUUUACCCAACAUUAAUUUUGGGGAUCUGAUUCUGUUUUUAUUAUUUACUGUAUUUUCUGAUUGCCAUUCUGGGAACUGUUUGAAAAUGGGUUCAUAGAUAGAUUAAAGAUUCUAAAUGUAUUGCAUAGCACUGUUCUUCAGUAGCUUUUGGUUGUACUCUUUUUAUUAUCAUUUCUAAUUAAACUAUAUCCUGUGAAAUUUGUA